CUACUCCCGUCUCUCUCUCCACCUCCGUCUCUCCCACUCUCUGUACUCGGUAUGUCUUGACCGUCAGCCGAACAGCCAGCAGAGCUCUCGGAAUAUUUGUAGUACGGCGCGGUGAGGACUAGAAGCUUUGUUGUCUGCAUCAGGCGGAUCCGGGCUCCUCUCUGCGGCUCCAUGGCCUAAAUCUGGACCGGCGGUGGAUCCGCUGCAUCUGAAGCCUUCGAGAUGCCCCGAGGUCUCUGCAGCUGCACAACAACACCGUCACCGGCCCGGGGACACAGCUAUGUUUUUCAGACGGAGAGCCAGGUAACGUUGGAUAAGCUAGCAGAAGCCGUCAAAGUGGGAGUCGGAAGGGGGAGAGAAGAAAAGUCCAGGUGAAACCCGGAGGACGUUCGUCUACCGAGCGGUGAUGCAGUGAUUGUGGUGAACUGGAGGCGGCUGUAAAUGUGCAGGGAGAGGAGAGGCUGUGGGUGGAGGAUGGCUGGAGGAUGGCUGGAGGGGCUCGUUCACAUGCGAAGGCCUGUCUGAAUAUUUAUUCGCUCUAUCUGCGGGAUCCAUUGGUGUCUUUUUGUCCGUGUGUGUGUCUGGGUGUGUUGUGUAGUGGGAAGCUGCGUUGGAGGCUGAAUGCCUCUUUGUGUAGCGGUGGGGACUGUGGGGUGGUGGCCGCUGCUCGCCGCACAUCGCUGCUAUUGUGUGAUCGUCGCCUCUGAAGCUGCGAUGGCUCCUCUGCUGUCCAGAUGUUCUGCUGUGCUUCAUCACAGGGCCGAUCAGUUCCUUCCAGGCCGCAGUAAAAACACAGGAGCCUGUAUGUUCCCAGUUAUUUUGAACCCUGAUGGGACAUACUGCCCGAUCAAACCGUGCAUUGUAGUCUGUUCACUAACACCAGCCUUCGCAGACAAUUUUUGUUUUUUCAGUUUAUCAUUAUUAUUAUUUUACAUACUAAACAUUAAUAGUACUUUUUAUGCGAUCUCAUUAGGACAGCCACAAACAAUAACUUCAUUUUUAAAAUUCUAUUUAUUUUACAAUAAAUCAUGUAAUUAUUGAAUUUUAAAAUGUUUCUCAUCGUAGUAAAACAGCCCAGAGUGUAAGAUGACCAGUUUUUGUCCCUUUCAAAGAGUACAGCAACACCUCUUUACUCUUACUUUAAUCAGUAAGCUGUUACCACUUGUUUAAGUAGUUUCUGUGAAAGAAGAAUUUAAUAAAUAUAUGUUAUUGUUUUGUGUAAAAUAUAUACUUUUUUGAAGAAAACACUGUCCUAACAAGUUAACAGGUUCCAAAGAAUGGACUCUUAAUAGGGAAAUCUCCUGUAUUCACAUCCCAGCAGCACAAUUUAAAGUCUGCCAAUCUCCCACUCAAAGCACUUCUAGACUACUGAGAGCAGAGGUAUAGUUGAUCUCUGUAAUGUCUAUAUUAGCAAAAAAUUCCUUGUGCAGAGCCUCUCCCUGUCUCUCGGGUUUGACGUUCUAGGAAGAGAAUCUGCAGCAUCUGUAGGAAAUACGUUCUUGGAAUUGUAAUAUUGUGGUAAAACAGAAUAGAUUCAGUUUGUCAUGUUCUUAGUGCGCAGUCAUAGUAGGGUUGCAUUGACACAGGGGUCCAGACUAACUUUUCACUGGUUCCCGGUGGUGGAAGGAGUUACCAGACUGUUCGAUCUGCAGAGUCUUCCGCAGUCUUAAAGAAAGGACUAAAAACCCAGCUCUUCACUGAACACCUUUGCACAUAACAAACUUAAAAAAAAAAAAAAAAAAAAAAUCGUAUUGCGUCUGUACUGCCUGUAGACACCAUGGUGCUAUUAUCACAUUUGAACUUGUUUUAAGGCUCUUAUACAGGUUGUUUUCUCCUGACUUGAUCCUUGCUUGUGUUGUAUCUCCUCUUAGAUGUAUGUCGCUUUGGAUAAAAGCAUCUGCUAAAUGAAAUUGUAGAAUUCUAACACAUAAUUCUUUCUGGUAUUAAUCAACCUUGCAUGCUGAUGAGUGAUGUCUUGAUUUGCCCCAGUUUUGCAUUGAUUUGAAGACUGUCAGUGAAUUUAUAUUCAAGUUUACUAUGUACAAAGUUUUCUACGUGCAGAGGAGCAUUUUAAUGAUCACAGUUGAUCUUGUUCAUUUAAUUGUUAGAAGCCAAAAUCAUGGUCGCAAUAAAAAAAUGAAGUAAAAGUUGAAGCGGGCUGCACAGUAGCUCAGUGGUUAGCACUGUCGCCUCACAGCUAGAAGAUCCCCGAGCCUGGGAUCUUUCUGCAUGUACGGUAGUUUGCAUGUUCUCCCUGUGCAGUGUGGGUUUUCUCUGGGUUCUCCGGCUUCCUCCCACAGUCCAAAAACAUGCUGAGGUUAAUUGAUGAUUGUAAAUUGUGUGUAGGUGUGAAUGUGAGUGUGACUGUUUGUCUCUUAUUUAGCCUUGUCAUAGGCUGGUGACCUGUCCAGGAUGUCCCCUGCCUAAGUCAGCUGGGAUAGACUCCAGCCCCCCCUGACCCUAAUAUGGGUCAUAAUAUGGGAGUCUUACUUCUCUAUUAACAGCACUCACCACAGUGACCUAACCCCUGGAUUUAGGCAUCAAGCAGUCUCUUUCUCCUGUCUCAUGCCUUAAAAGACAAGUUUGCCUUAAGCACAUCAUACUCAGCUCAGAUUUGGCAUUUUUUUUCUCUCUUUGCUACUAUACUGUGUUAUACUAUAACACAUGAAAUUGCUUCAUAUCUGGAACAAGAUGUUAAGAAAACAUUUUUUUAUAAUGUCAUGGUAAACAUUUCACUUAUUGUGUAAAAAUAUGUUUUUUUUUCCAAUAGGAUUUGACAAGGAAAGAUAUGUUAAAAUAAAUUUAGUCCUGUCAACUGUCAAGCACCAUAUCUUUAUCUUAAAUAUCAGAAGAUAAGUUUACCAGAAAUAUAAUGGCAAGAAAACUUGAUUCUGAACAAGUCAUGACAGAGUCUAAGGAAUGCAGGAGGUUGUGUCUGCAUAUUUUUAGACUGCUUUCCUCUUCGUGAUGAUGAUAAUGCCUUAGUCAUGUUGUCUUAUGACUCACCCAGAUCUCUCACUCUCUCUAUCCCUCUUUUUGCCCCUGUAACCUUCCCCCACCCCACUUUUCUCUCUCACACUAUGCCCUUCUCUUUAUUGCCUUGUUUUUACAUAACAUCAUCACGCUUUGUCUCUCGCCUUAAUCCACUUAACAUCACCUCUCCUUCCCCGCAUCCUUUUGUCCCUCUAUUCUUCAUUCUAUGCUCUAUGCUUUAUUCUAUGCACUCUAUGUUUCUUUUACUUUAUUCCCUCUUUCAUUAUCAUUUUCUGACUUCACUCAUUCUAUUGCCUUUUCUGCAUAUCAUCCUCCACUCUCUAUGUUCCUUUCUCUCUGUGAUCCACCAUUUUCUUUCUCACCAUCUUUGUUUCUCUUCUUAAUCCCCUUCUUUGCCCUAUCAACUGCCUCCAUCCAUCCAUCCAUCCAUCCAUCCAUCCAUCCAUCCAUCCAUCCAUCCAUCCAUCCAUCCAUCCAUCCAUCCAUCCAUCCAUUCAUCCAUCUUCACGUUGCCUCUUCCACUUGUCCUUCUAGGAUGUUGCGAUGGCUAGUGUGUGGUCGUUUGGGUCCAGUUUGGAUGUGGAAAGCACUGCUGCUAUUUGCGGCAAUUGCUUUCGCCGGGCAGCUGCUGGGAGUCAUCUUCAACAAGGGUGUCCAGCCAGCUGCUCACUCCAUCUUCUCAUCCCCUGAUGCUCAGGGGCCCUCUCUAGGCUCCUGUCAGCCUCAUACCCACAUCAUGUUUCUCAAGACCCACAAGACAGCCAGCAGCACGGUACUCAACAUGCUCUACCGAUUUGGAGAGGAGCGCAACCUCCGCUUCGCCCUGCCAUUGGGCUACCAGCUGGGCUACCCGCUGCCCUUCAAUGCACACAGGGUCAAAGGCUAUCGAGGUCCCAGAGCCAUAGAGUUUCACAUAAUGGGCAAUCACAUGAGAUUUAAUAAGCUGGAGGUGGAGAAGGUGAUGCCUGCAGACACAUUCUACUUCUCCAUUAUCAGGGACCCAGUCGCUCUAGCUGAGUCUUCCUUUGCCUAUUUUAAAGAGGUAGCACCUGCUUUUCGGAAAGCCAAAGGCUUGGGUGACUUUGCUGAUGACCCAAGGAAAUACUAUGACCCUCGUCUACGCAACAAUCACUACUCCCGCAACCUGCUGUGGUUUGACUUUGGCAUGGACCAUAAUGCUAAUUUCUCCAUGGCACUGGCUCAGCGUGGUGAGGCCAUGAUUCGUCGGACCUUCAAGCUGAUUCUGGUGUCUGAGUACUUUGACCAGUCCAUGAUCCUGCUGAGACAUGCACUGUGCUGGCCGCUGGAUGCUGUAGUCUCAUUCAGCCUUAAUGCUCGGCAGCAGAAGCCCAUUAGCACUGGGGGGAUGAGUGGGAACUGGGUGGGCAAAGCGGCAGCUGCAGCUGCUAUUGGUGUUAGAGCUGGAUAUUCACAACCCAAGACACCGCCCAAUCUAUCACUAACAGAGGAUCAGCGAGAGAAGCUACGACAAUGGAAUGCCUUAGAUUGGUACCUAUACAAAGUCUUCAAUCGGACCUUCUGGGAGGAAAUUGACAGGUUUGGUCGUGCCCAGAUGGAGCAAGAAAUGACUCUUCUCAGGAUGCGGCGAGAAGAUCUAGCCCGGGUCUGUCUCAGGGAUGGUGGAAAGCCUGUGGAGGCACAACGGAUCCGAGACAAAAAUAUCAGGCCCUACCAGAGUGGAUUAGUGAAGAUUCUUGGCUAUGAGCUCCAGCCAGGGUUGGACAAUAUAACUAUGAUGGCCUGUCUGAGGAUGAUCAGACCCGAGAUCCAAUACAAAGAUGUGUUGGAUACUAAACAGUUUCCACGGGUUCCUGCUGUCCAGGCUCAGUCAGGGCAACUGAGCCAGGGGCUGAUGGCAGCAGCCGGUGGCACUUUUUUAAGACAGGAUUCUUCCAGGACAGGAGAGAAAGUGGUCAGGGGAGAGGCCGUAGGGAGGACAUUGGAGGAAGGGGAGAAAGACUGGGAUGGAAGCCGUUUAAUGAGGAGCAACCAGACUGAUACGACCACAAGGAAGAGAAAGGUUGAGAUAGUUUGAGGAGAGUUUCCUUCGUAAAUAUGGUACUUUAAGUCUUUGAAAAGAUGGACUAAAGACCCUGAAAACUCAGUCAAGUUUGGUUUACACAUGAAGAAACAAAGAGCUCCUCCUUUGCACUUUUGGUUGUUUUCAAUAAUUGCUUUUGUUUAGGGUGAUUCUGUGGACUGGGAUCUUUAAAUGACUGAAGCAAGGGGAAGAAGGGUUGUAUGUUCUGCUUUUUUUAAUAAGGAGAAGAAUUCAAAAAGUGUUUGCAGGUCCUUCCUAUCAUACAGGCAUAUGUGACAGUUCAAAUUUUCUUACUGACCAUGGUAUGCUUAAUAAUACACGUAUACAUAGCCCCAGUCUGUGCCUCUCGUGUAAUACCAUUUACACUGAGUUACUUAGUUAAAGCAUCAUUUCUUUUCAAAGUUGGAAUCUUUGUAAAAACACGGGUUAUUUAAAAACACUAAAGAUAUUUCCAGAUUCCUUAAAGACUUGUCUUGCAAUUGGAAUGAUGAAAUACUCUAUCUGCUGUACAAUUUAAAAAAAAAAAAAAAAAACUUAUUCCCAUUUAGUAUUCAAAACAAGGACAGUGGCUGAAAAUGUAAUGUUUCUAAACUCAGUAUACAGAUAAUUAAAACAUUUAUUGUCAGUUGUUAAUUGUCUAAACUGAUGGCUCUGUCAACUAUUUUAUUUGCAUACAAAAUUAUAUGCCUUUCCACCUGGACUAGGAAAAAGAGCUUCCUGGGAAAAUGGAUUAAGAAAUGCAGUAAAAUAUGCAGGAGACGAAGAAGAAAUUCUCAUUCAUUCAUUUGUUUUUUCUGACAUGUUGUCCAUCCACCUUUUGGGUUUUUAAAAAGAUUUUGGGGUAUCCUUCAGACAAAUGUAUCUGUGGGAAACACUUAAUUCAGCUUUGGAGUCAGUGUUGAGCCCUGUCUAGAAGCAAUAACCUCAACAGCUUCUUAAAUAACUCUUAAUAAUAAAGAGGGGAAGCUAUUCAAAGCCUGUGCAUCUGAGAUGCUUAAUGUUCACUAGUCUGCAGGUGGCUAGUUAAUACCACUGUUUGGGAACCAGACCUCCACCCAGUAUUUGCUGAAGUAGAUGGAAUGUAAUUAUCUAUCUGCCACAUUCAUUCUCAUGAAGAUCCAUUUCUUUAUGGUGUCAGAUAUGAAAUUUUAUUAGUGUGGGCCACCUACAUCUUAAAGAUUAACUUCCUGAAGUUUUAGAAUGCACAAUAAUAUUCGUAGCUCCAGAAAAAUUGAUCAACUAAAAAAACAGCAUAUAUGAUAUCUGCCUAAAAUGUUGUCAAUAAUCAAGCCUACACAAAGGAAUAAAUAUCACCUUUUAUUCUAAAGUUUCACAGUUUUAGGCACAAUAAAGCAACCAGGCAUGUGCAACUGGUACUCUAACUCUGAAUAUCACUGUCAAAUGUCUUGCAGUAAUCUGCUGUAUGAAGUGGGAGCAUGGUUUAAAUGUCAGUUUCACUGUUUCUAUUAUUCAAUCUAAUACUGCUUCUGAUGAACACCAGUUUUUGUUAAACUAGUCUCUUUUUCUGGUUAUCUUUGCUCUCUUUAGUUUUUCAGGAAGAGGUGGAACUUUGGUAUGUGGCAUUAUCAGUGUUUAUCUUAGUGUUAAACAUGAAGCUGAUCACGUCAUGCCAAACCUGGUACUGCAUGGUACAUGUUGAAAGUUGUUUCCUCAUCGGUGUGAUGAGAAUGGCUUGUUAUUAACGUGCUGUUGGAUGAAUCGAACCAACACUAGUUACUGCCUACAUAACAAAAAACACCUCUACAUCUUUGUCUGGGAAAACAUGAAAAUAUACAGAUUGUCACUUGGUUGGCAAAAUUUGCACACAUAUACACAAAGAACGGUGCAUUUGUGUUAUAGAGGGUCAGGUUUAUGCAGUAGCAAUGGGCUGGGGAGCGACCUUGGAAGGAACAGAGCACAAAGCAUUCUAGGUCUUUGAUUGAUUUUCCCCUUUUGAGAGGUAGGGGCUAAUACAGCCCUGUUUUGGAUUUCUCUGAUCAUAGACAACAAAUGAAAAGAUAUCUAUAGCUUUGCACUACAUAGACAUCUUAGUUUUAGAACUGUUCCCAGCGGUAAAAUCCAUCUUUAAGAACAAACAGCUACAUCAACAAAUUAAAAGAGGCGCUGAUCUGAAAAUAGGAAGAAUUCUCAUUUAAAUAGCUAAAAUAUGAUCAGAUAUGCAGAUAUGAGUGUGUUUCUAAUGAAGGCCUGGUUCUGGACAACAAGAGCAUUUUUACAAUGUAAUUGUUACUUUUGAAAGAUAUUUUGGUUGUGAUGGGACAUGUCACGUUGUAGUGCUGCCCUUACUUGUAGUGUUUGAAAAUUAACUUUUAUGACAAACAGCGGUGCACCCAAGGCACUAGGGCAGACAUGAGUCUUAGAUGACUGGCCCAUCAGAAUCCAACUAUUAAGGGGUUUAAUUGGGCACUGAAGAGAUUGCAUACUGCCUAAAGCAAAGUGAAUUAUACUUUAGAUGGAAUGUACAAUCAAAUAAUAUCUUUUCAUGUUUCUCUCAGACUCAUCAGAGUCACCCUGACAUGAAAACAUCAGUUUUAGUUAGUACUUCAAAGUGAAACAUCCUCUCCUGCUGUGGUUUUCACUCACCGCUAUCAGUGAGUGCAACACAGCGCAGUCAAAUGCUGCCUUUUUGGUGACACCUCGAAAGCACCACAUGAUCUACUUUUUUACAGCCAUGUUGUCAAGUCAUUUGGCAAUGAUAUUUGAAGAAAAAUUCUACACAGGGGGUUGAAGACACUCAGACUCCAGCGACACUAGUGAUGACCCAGUCCCUCUUCAAGGCCAUUCCUGGUUCUAGGUAGAACAGGUGACAAGCUUUUUUUAUUUAUUGCUUAUAGAGUUCUAGUCCCCUCUAUUUGGUCUUUAGAGAACUGACUGAAGCGUGCACACUUUUGACUCCAUGCUGUCUUGUGAGAUAAGAGACACUCCUUUUGAUUUAAGUGACCCCAUGACAUUUUCUCAAGGGUCACCGUCAUCACAGAUUUUAUAUGUCAAGCUCCUGUUAAUUCACAGCAAUAAUUAAGUCAUUGGUAUGUUUGGCUAGGGUAGGGAAAUCAUGUACACCAAUGCGAUCGUUUUGUUGUGAUUAUAUAAACAGGCCCCACAUGCUUUUAUUAAGGUGAAGAACUGGACUGAAUGUAGUAAAUGCCUGCUGUUUUGUUAUGCCAGAGUGUAAUGGCCUGUGGAAGAAACAGUCAUACAGAGAACAUCAGAAACCCAUUAGGAUUUGUUUCAUGCCUUAGGAUGUUAUAUUAUGGACCAGGGAUUUAAUACAAUGUCCUAAUUGUUGUAAUUGCUUCAUCCAUACUGUAUUUAUCAGAAAUUGUUCUCUUUGAAAUUUAGUGUUGAUGAGGGGAAGAGUGUCACAGUAUGAUGAGAAAACAAUGAGUCUGCACAUGUUCAAUCAGUAUUGAAACAUUGGACUGGCCCAGUAUUAUAUACUGAUUAUAUUCAUUGGUAGUUAAGUAAAAUAAUAUAAUCAUAUCAUGCUUUUGAUUUACAAAACUGACAUAAAAAAAAACCAACUAAAUGAAGUAAAUGAGUAAAUGUUGUUGCGUCAUGCAAUACAUGAAGGUAUUGUAUGACACACCCCAUAGUCAACUGUUGUAUCUCAAACGUACUUUGAUAUUUCUACAUCAUAAUAAUUACAUCAUGGCAGAAAAAUGCAGCAUCAAUAUCAAAAAGUUAUUUUAUUUUCUAAUAAUAAAGGGUCAGUUAUUAUUCACGUUAAAAAAUAAGUCAUCAUUGUCUCUGCUCUUUGGAAGAUCUUGGAAUUGCUUUACUUAUCUUGCAAUUUAAUUGUCAUGUCAUAAUAGGCUAAGUGACAAAAAUACAGAAGUUAUGAUUAAAAAAACUGUCUUCUAGUUAUUUUGGUCUUUCAUUUUGGCCAUUGGUAAAUUUAAUUCAGUUUCAUGCACCUUUGUGUUUCAUCCGUACUGCAUUCCCACUUAGACAAAUGCACUCUGCUAAACGGUAACAGUUGUUGUCAUUUAAAAAUUGUCACUGGGUACUGGAAUUUAUUUUGUAUUUUGUUACUUGUAUUUAAGUUUUUGAAAGUGAACAUGUGGUACAUUGUAAGAAAGAUGCAGACAGUAAAAAGCAGGUGUGUUAUUCUACUUUUGUCAUGCACAUUUCAUUUGAACAGCUUCCAACCCAGACAGCAAGUACUUCACAGAUUUUCUCUGAAGUCGUUACAGGUUGUCUGAAUGGAAGAUCAAGCGUUUGAUCAGAAAGCAACAGUGUACCUUGGCUUCAACCUUACUUGAAACUGUUUUUUGUUGAAAUGUGCUGUAGCUCACGCUCUGUGUGCAUCUGUUGAGUUUUUUUUUCUUGUACUGAAUAAAAAACAUUUUCUUCAACUUCA